AUGGGGCGCAUCAACAUAGAUAUGAUCCGCAAGAGGGCGGAGCAUAACGAGGGCAUGGUCUCGACGCUGCAGGAGGUCGCGCUCCACCAGCAGAACAUCGAGAAGAUCGAGGUCCUCGGCCACCUCUGCCGCGACCUGCGCAUCGUGUACCUGCAGAACAACCUGAUCAGCAAGAUCGAGAACCUCCACCGCCUCAAGGAGCUCACGUACCUCAACCUGGCCCUCAACAACAUCACGAAGAUUGAAAACCUCCAGCGCUGCGAGUCCCUGCAGAAGCUCGACCUCACGAUCAACUUCAUCCCCAAGCAGGGCCUCCUCUCCCUCCGCUCCCUCGCCCCCUGCUACCACCUCACUGAGCUCUUCCUGAUCGGCAACCCCUGCGCGGACUGGGACGCGUACCGCGCGUACGUCGUGGCGACGCUCCCGGGCCUGAAGCGGCUCGACGGCAAGGACGUCACGCCCUCGGAGCGCAUCGCCGCGCAGCAGGUCCUCCCGGCGCUCGAGACGCGCCUGCGCGACGAGUGCCGCGCGGACGGCAUCGACCCCGAGGAGUGGCUGCGCGUGGACAACCAGGGCCCGGAGGACGACGAGGAGGUCGCGGAGACGGGCGUGCUCGGCGAGGACGGGCAGAUGAAGCGGCCGUGGUGCCCCGCGACGCGCGUCCUCGAGCACCGCGAGAUGGAGGCCAAGGAGCGCGCCGCGGAGGAGCAGCGGCGGAAGGAGCAGGAGAAGAUGGUGGGCGGGGACGGCGCGGUGCGGAAGGCGCCGCGCCGGGAGGGCUUCGAGGAGCUCCCGGAGGGCGGCGUGGAGUCGGGGAAGGUGUUUAUGAAGAACGAGGGGAAGUGGCCGUUCUCGGUGUGCGAGAGCGAGGACGGCGGGUCGAUCGUGCUGUCGCUGGGCGUGGGGCGGUACCUGGACACGUCGCUGAUCCAGGCGGACGUGCAGCCGCGGGUGGUGCGGCUGCUGGUCAAGGGGCGGCUGUUCCAGUACGUGUUGCCGGACGAGGUGUUGAGCGACCAGGCGAUUGCGCAGCGGUCGCAGACGACGGGCGAGCUGGUCGUGACGAUGCCCAAGGCGGACCCGACGAAGGGCGCGCACCCGAUGUUCGGGAAGCGGAGCGCGUUCGCCGGGCCGGUGAAGAACAAGCCUGCCGAGGUGGCGAAGGCGGGGAGGGCCGCGGAGGGGAAGGAGAACAGCGGGGGCGGCGCGGUGGACGUGCGGGGCAUCGUGCGGAAGGACGAGGGCGAGGCGCCGGUGAUUCGGGAGGUGCGGAAGGCGGCGGUGGUGGCGUGCGAGGACGACGACGACGACGACGACUACGUGCCGCCGCUGUCGUGA